AUGAGCUGUGGGGACUGCCGUUGCCCCGAGGGGUCGUCUAUCCCCCACGUGGCCGCCACCGGGGCCCUCAUCGCCGUGGGCUUCCUGACCUUCGGCUUGGCGGUGGGCAGUAUCAUCGGGUUCCUCGCAGGCCGGCUUCUGCCGGCUCUGGCUUGCCCGCGGCGCUCUGCAGGCGCGGGCGCGCAGGGGCCGGCGCCACCGGCUCGCGAGCCGACGGGCGUGGCGGCGGCGCUGCCGGACGUGCCGCACCUGCCGACCUCCGUGCUGGGGGAGGACUUCGCUGCUGAGGCGCGGGCCCAGGCCGCCGCCGUGCGCGAGAGGCGCGCGGCCGUGGCCCUUCGGCCUGGCGUGGCGGGGCCUGCUGCACAGCCGGAGCUGGCCCAUGCGCUCACGGCGGCUGGCGUCUCCGAGGGCGACUUCAUCGCGGUGAAGUACAACGUCGCGGGUGCUGCUCUGUGGCACGAGAGGUGCGUCCUGCUGAUCUCCAGCCAACCACCGCACUCGUUCACGGGGUUCACCCCCGACGGCGACUGCUACGAAGAGGACCUGAUGCCCGGGGGGACAUCUCGGCCUGGACCCCGCUCGAGGGUCGUGCUGCGGGCGGUGGUCUGCCGGCUCAUCUGGCGGGACAACGAGUACACGGAUUUCGUGCUCUUCCUCUCCUGCACUCCUUCGUGGCUGCACGGGCGGCGGCCGCUGCCCGUCUGA